AUGUCGAUGGAGUUCUUCGCCUCAAGAACCAGAGUUACUGGUCCAGCCUUCUGUCCACACUGUGGCACUAUUCUGGACCAUCCCGAUACCAAUAACAUUGUUUGCUCUGCAUGCGAGUACCGCUGUCGCUACCAAGACCUUCCAUCAUUAUCUGUGGUGACCCAGAGCGAAGACAGACCACUACCAAAAUGGCUAGACGCCAAAGUAGGCAUGAGCGAGGUCACAGGUCCAGCUCGCGCUACAGUGGAGGAGACGUGUCCAAAAUGCGAGAAUCCCGAAAUGGACUACUACACGCUGCAACUCCGGUCGGCCGAUGAGGGCCAAACAGUCUUUUAUGAAUGUAAAAAGUGUGGACACAAGUUUUCCGUCAAUAACUAA